UAUAAAUUGUAUAUAUGAGCAAUGAAUCAAUUUUUUAAACAUUUUGAUUUUCCUGGGCCCUGUAGCAAACUUGAUAUUUGACAACUGAACCAUCAAAGCUAUAUAUAAAUAUUAAUCGAAUUUCUAUAAAUCUUAAACACAUAUUUUGAAUUAAAGAUAGUAAAUUAACAAUGGCAGCGGGGGCUGAGCCUUUGUCACUAGCUAAAGAUGUCAAAAGAGCCUGCGAGCUCCUUGAUAAAUUACAAAUGACUGGAGAAAUACCAGCCACAAAAAUAGCUGCCUUACAAAAAGUUUUACAAUCCGAUUUUUUUACUGCCGUUCGCGAAGUUUAUGAACAUAUUUAUGAAACAGUAGAUAUUCAAGGUUCUGAAGACAUAAGAGCAUCAGCAACAGCAAAGGCUACUGUUGCAGCUUUUGCAGCCAGUGAGGGCCAUGCACAUCCACGAGUUGUUGAAUUACCUAAGACAGAUGAAGGCUUAGGGUUUAAUGUAAUGGGUGGAAAAGAACAAAAUUCUCCAAUAUACAUAUCAAGAAUUAUACCAGGUGGUGUAGCUGAUCGUCAUGGCGGUUUGAAGCGUGGAGAUCAACUGCUUUCAGUCAAUGGAGAUUCUGUUGAUGGAGAAAAUCAUGAAAGAGCUGUAGAAUUAUUAAAACAAGCAGUGGGCUCUGUGAAACUAGUCGUUCGCUACACACCAAAAGUUUUAGAAGAAAUGGAAAACCGUUUUGACAAGCAACGUGUACGCAGACGACCACAGAAUUAGAUAAAUAAAAACCUUUUAUCCUCAAUGGACAUCGUAGUUUAUAGUCAGCAGAUUCACUUAUUUAUUUAUAUCCUUAAUUUAAUAUAUCUUUUACCUACACC